AAAAAAUUAGCUAUCGAACAAAGCGAAAAUAUAAAAUACCUCGCUGAAGCAAUAAAAAUCCAUCAAGAAAUAAAUAAUACACUUCACCUUAAAAAUGAUGAAUUAAAAAGAAAACUUAAAGAGCAUCGAGAACACAAUUACUUAACAAGACUUAGACAAAUAACAACUUGGAGAAACCAAGCUGUAGCAAAAUUCGUAAUAUUAGGACAAGAAUAUCCUGAAGAAAAAUUUGAUAAAUUACAUAAAGAAUACCUUA